ACGGCCUCGUUAAAAAGGGCAGGAAUGGAGAAGUGGAAAACUCGUGAUUUGUACCAUUGAGGCAUGUGGUUUUGUUUUUGAAGCCAAGCAAAGAGAUUGGGAUUAAUUUUGGGUUGUGGCAAUUGCAAUGUUCUCACAGUGCCAUUUUCUCUCUCAGUCCCCAAUACCCAAUAAUAGUACCUUUCGUCUGAGAGCCAUGGCACCUCACAGCUCGCCUCUUGAACUCAAUCACUUCGCCGAGGUCGGUAACAAAGUUGCCGAUGCUGCCGGAGAAAUUAUUCGCAAAUACUUCAGGAAAAACUUCGACGUUAUUCACAAACAUGAUCUCAGUCCAGUAACCAUUGCUGAUCAAUCGGCUGAGGAGGCUAUGGUUUCAAUCAUACUAGACAGUUUCCCUUCUCAUGCUAUUUAUGGAGAGGAAAAUGGUUGGAGGUGUAAAGAAAAGAAUACUGAUUAUGUUUGGGUAUUAGAUCCCAUAGACGGGACAAAGAGCUUUAUUACUGGAAAACCCGUAUUUGGUAGUCUCGUUGCUCUUCUACAAAAUGGCACCCCAAUUCUUGGCAUAAUUGAUCAACCUGUGUUACGAGAAAGGUGGAUCGGGAUAACUGGAAAGAGAACUACACUGAACGGACAAGAAAUAUCUACACGCACUUGUGCGGACCUUUCUCAAGCAUACUUGUAUACCACAAGCCCACAUCUGUUCAGUGGAGAUGCAGAAAAGGCAUUCAUCCGUGUUAGAAGCAAGGUUAAAAUUCCCUUAUAUGGUUGUGACUGCUAUGCAUAUGCUCUUUUGUCUUCUGGUUUUGUGGAUCUUGUUGUUGAGUCUGGUCUGAAGCCAUACGAUUUUCUUGCACUGAUACCUGUUAUUGAAGGCGCUGGAGGUGUCAUAACUGAUUGGAAAGGAGAUAAACUGUUUUGGGAGGUUUCUCCACUUUCAAUCCCAACAUCAGGUUUUAAUGUUGUGGCCGCCGGUGACAAACAGAUUCAUCAACAAGCUCUAGAUUCAUUGCAGUGGAAGUGAUAGCUUGAAUUAACCUUAGGUGCAAAUAGUCUUGGUUCAGAUGUUCCAGAGGACAUGUAUAUUCGGCAUUUAAGUUGAAAACCGUGCACUCAGAAUCUUGAAUAAGUACCUGCAGAAGUUAACCUCUUUCUGGAUUGGAUGGUCACGAGCUCUUCAACACCUUAUAGCAAGUUCCAAAAUAAAAUUUUCUGUAAGUUAGAAUUCCAUGGUAGUGUAAUAAUUUUCUGUAAGUUAAUGAUUCUUCCCAAGUCCUGUUUUAAAAUAGAUUGAUGAAAUUAAUAUAAAGCAAACGCUAACGGCCAAAAUAA